AAUUGGUACACGAUUUUAUUCCAGGAAGUUAUAAUCCAGACUGACGACUCCUACUUGAAAAUUGCCCGCCGCCUUGAUGAAUAUCGCUCGAACCGCACUCAAUUCCUGCCCGUGGUUGCAGCGUCACCACUCGAAUCUCGCGAUAUUGAACCUUUUAAAGCUGACAGGCCAUCGGAAAGGCGUGGUUUCUUUUUUGAUCCGAAAACGCUGCAGCGACGACGUUCAUCCCUAAAAAUGCUCAGGCGAAGACCAACUCAUAAAAAUAACAAUGCUGAGGCUCAGACUGGUUCAUCCAUGGAGAAGGAACAUCUCGAACCUAUAUUAUCGGUGAGUUCAACCACUGUGUACGAGGGAAGAGGGAAGGGAUGA